AGGACAUUUUGAAGGAAAAAAACGGAAGUGGCUUACUUUUCACGCAUGCGCAAAGAGACCCGGCAGCUGGAAGUCAAGAUGGCGGACUAAGCGGCGGUGCUUUUCCGGAGAAGUUUGAUAUUGACCUUCUAACAGCAAACACAGCAACACACGCCUCAUACAUUCCUCUUUUCUCAACCCCACCGAACCCCAGUUGACGUUUGGAGCGACGGAGACUUUUGUGCGGUGAAGACGUGAGAGCACAUGGACGACUACUGCUAUGCUAAGAUGGCGACGUCAUGGCAAAGAGAAAGUGAAAGACAAUCAGCAACUUCCAGCAAAUCACACACGGAGAUGAAGAUGAAAACCGAAGAUGAAGACACCCAGCAGCUGACUGGUCUUCCAGAAGAUGUUCCCGUUCAGCUGCAAGUGGGGAGCUCCACUUUGAAGCAGGAGGAUCCGCAGCCCCCCCACAUUAAAGAGGAAGAGGAGGAACUCUGCAUCACUCAGGAGGGAGAGUGUCUUCUAGGACGAGAGGAAGCUGAUCUCAGCAAGUUGCCACUGACUGUUGUCUCUGUGAAGACUGAAGAUGAUGAAGAGAAACCACAACCAGACAACACCUUAGCUCCACCAUCAGAUAGUGAGUCUGAAGACGAGGUGGAAGUAACUUUGAGCGGCGAUACAGACUGUGAAGGUGAUAUGAGGACUCACACUGACAACAAACAUGCUAAAAGCUCUAUAAAGACAAAAGGUACUAAACGUUUUCUCUGCCCAGUUUGCGCUAAAAGCUUUUCUAAAAACAGCAAUUUCUCCGCACACAUGAGAACGCACACGGGGGAAAAAACAUUUAAUUGCUCAGUUUGCGCUAAAAGCUUUUCUCAAAAGAGCCAUUUAUCUGAACACAUGAAAACACACUCGGGAGAAAAAAGAUUUCAUUGCUCAGUUUGUGGUAAAAAGUUUUCCUAUAGGAGAGUUUUGACCGACCACAUAAGGACUCACACUGGAGAAAAACCCUUUAUAUGUCCGUUUUGUGACAAAAGUUUUUCUCAAAAGAGCAAUUUGACCCAACAUAUCAGAAUACACACGGGAGAAAACACAUUUGAUUGUCCCGAAUGUGCCAAAAGUUUCUCGCAAAAGGGCAAUCUGACCGAACACAUGAAAAUACACAGCGGGGAAAAAAGCUACAAUUGUUCCGUUUGUGACAAAAACUUUUCUCAAAAGAGAGUUAUGAUCCAACACAUGAGGACGCACACGGGAGAGAAACCAUUUAGUUGUUCGGUUUGCAAUAAAAGCUUUUCUCAAAAAAGCACUUUGACCAAACACACCAGAACACACACAGGAUAAAAUAAAAUAAAAUAAAAUAAAAACCCGGAAAUGUGUGUGCAGAGUUAGAACCAGACCGGAUUGAGGAAGGGUUGGAGUACCGUAUUUUCUGGACCAUAGGGCUCACUGGCGAUGAGCGGGUCUAGUCAGGUCUAUUUCCAUACAUUAGGCACAUUAAUGGGGUCAUAUUAUUUUUUUUUUCUAAAUGUAAAAGACUUCUUUAUGGUCUACAUAAAAUGUGCUGGUCGACAUGUUGCUUGGAUUAGUGUUUUUUAACCUUUUUUGAAGCAAGGCACAUUUUUUUUCAUAAAAAAUUCCGGAGGCACAGCACCAGCAGAAAAUGUUAAAAAAAUGAAACUCCACCAGGGCCUUAUUUUGAGCUUGUUUGUGUUUUCCUGUGUCUAGUGUUUUAGUUCUUGUCUUGUGCUGUUAUUUUGGUGGCCCCUCCUAUUUUGUUUUUGUUUUCCUGUAGCAGCUUCAUGUCUUCCUCUGAGCGCUAUUCCCCGCACCUGCUUUGUGUUAGCAAGCAAGACUAUUUAAGUUGUCUUUAUCCUUCUUUGUGUGGACAUUGUUGAUUGUCGUGUCAUGUACGGAUGCACUUUGUGGACCCCGUAAGUUUUUGCUGUCGUCCAGGAUUUUGUUUAUGUUUAAUUUGUAGCCAGUUCAAUUUUACUUUUGCUUUGCAUAGCCAUUGUCUUUUCCUUUCCCUUUUCCUUUCCCUUUUAUUAAUUUUUGGUUUAAACGUUUCAUAAUUUUUAACCUCACGCUGGCUCCCGCUGUUGUCUGCAUAUUGGGAUCACAACAAACCAUCCUCGUCUCACCCGACACAUUCCGACUUUUACAAAGCAAUGAACUACCUGCUGCAAUUUACUGACGCCGAGUAUUAAGUGGUUAACCUGCCAAGUUCUACACAGCACAGACCAUAAGCAACGGCACAUUAUUUGCAGAUUAUAAUUAUCGAUUUGAAAAAAAUAUAUUUUUUGGACCAAUUAUGUGAAGUUGCGUAAUAUCCCACGCACACCAGACAAUAUCUCACGCGGCACAGUGGUUGAAAAACACUGGCAUAGAUGAUGUUCUACAGAUCACCUUCAAGUCGCUUCAAGUCAGGAUGGGCCGUUUGGUGGACGGUCUUAUUUACGUGGCUCAUCUUCGACUGUGUCUUCUACCCGUCAUCUUUGUUGUAGCGGUGUAGCGUGCAAGGACGGGAGUGGAAGAAGUGUCAAAAGACGGAGCUAACUGUUUUAAAGACAUUCCGACUUCACUUCAAUCAAUAACGGAGCAUCAUCUCUUCAUCCGGAAACAACAACAAAAAUGUUCGACCGGAACGCUCUAAUACCUAAAGUUCCUUGGGCGGAUACUGUAAACUCACUACACCGGUAGUUUUUCGUGCUUCCAUAGCAGGUCUACUGACAGAUAUAAGUGAGAAAUGUACGCUACUUUAUAGUAGAAAUGGCCAAAGCGGAGGAUGAAUGUCCCAUAACAAGAAGAUAAAGAAAAAAAUUACGCUUAUCGACUUUUCAGGACUUAUGCAGAUGUCAAAUACACAUCAGCAGGUACCAGAAGGUAAGAAAAGUAGUUUUGCAUAAUACUGCAAAACGCCAGAUAACUUGUCUGCUAAUAGGUGCCAUUUUGCGGUCCUUACACACACCAUAGUAUUACUCGAUGUCUGACUACAGUAGCGGUAAUGCUCCGACAAUCCAUCAAGGGGUGUGGCUUCAUAGCUUACCAAAAUCGUAUUAAACAUAUCGACAGAUUUUUGAGCACCGUAUUCUAUAUUCCCAAUGGAACAUUUAACGUUUUGGCGUUGUCUACUGGCGUCAUCUUGCAGUCUACAUGUAUCUCUUAUGUGUGACUGCCAUCUACUGGUCACACUUAUCCUUACACCAUGUACCCAAUAGAAUAGUUUGGAGGUCGGUAAGCACAACCAGAAUCAUUCCAUACAUUAGGCGCACCAGUUUAUAAGGCGCACUGCCGAUUUUUGAGAAAAUUAGAUGAAUUUAAGUGUGCCUUAUAGUCCGAAAAAUACGGUAGCUUUUUUUUCUUUCUUUCGCUACCGUAUGUAAUCCUUAAAACUGUUUUUGUGGGUUCAAGUGAAAGUCUGACUGGCCCUAGCAUUCUGUGCCCCUGUCUGGUCAAAGUCAGCCCAUGUGUUCCAGGUGGACCCCCAACUCAACUCAAACUUGGGCAUAUGAACUUGGACCAUCAUGAACUUGGACCAUCGUUCUUCCGAUCAGAAAACCAAUCUGCAAGAACAUCGUUCCAGUCGACUUCAACACCCUAACAGCUUGGACAAAUGAAUGGGAGUCCAAGGAGGUCCCAAACAAACAUACGUUGUCAGACCCCUAUACAGACCUAACAGGUCCCUGGCACCAACCCCCCAGGGAGACAGCGGGCAAUGCUCAAUAGAUUCCGGACUGGAAAAGGACCUUCAUCCUUUACAGAUGGAGAAGCAUGAAGCCCACCUUGUGCUUGUGGAGAGACCACGGACUAACAGCGAACAAUCAGUGAGAAGAUUGCCAAAGUUGUAUACACGUCACAUAUUAUUGGACUAAUAAAGAUGUUUCGCACAUUAUUAGCAAUAAAAAUAGUUUUAAUUGUGA